CAGCCAAUGAACUUACGGUUUAUGCCCGCCUCAGCAACGUCACUUGCUGCCAUCUUAUUUUCCGAUUUCCUUUGAACGAAAAACGAUUAGCGGUUCGCUUUUCCUUGUGUUUUGCUCGUUAUUUAGGUCCGAUGUUUAGGAAGCCAUGCUCUUAGCAUGACCGCUUCGACUCCCAUGCUUCAUGGCUCAGACUUGGAUGAAUGCUGCUCAAAUGUGUUUGCACUGACUGAUUUAUGUGGCUUGAAGUGGCGGAAGUAUGUCUUCAGUCUCGCAUGGGGAGCCAACCCUGUGGAUGAUCCUGUGUUGAAGUCAUUCUCGUCGGCCCUCAGUCAUGACAUUUUGUGUGCAUGGCGGAGGAGCCCUUCAACAGGCUGUCUAUCAAACAGUGAUCCUGACAGUAUCAACAGUGCAAAGGAGUUGUGGGUCUUCUGGUUUGGUGAUGAUCCAAACUUACAAGGGAUUGUAUCAGCAGAAUUGAAAGAAUCGUGUCAUGGCUGUUGGGAAGAUGGCUUGCCUCAUGAGCCAAGAUCACUCUUAUUCAAGGCUUUACAUAAUUUAUUAGAAAGAUGUUUGCUAUCGAGGAAAUUUGUUCGUCUGGGAAAGUGGUUCACAAAGCCGUGUGAAAACAGUGGGACUGUAAAUUCAAGAAAUCAUCUGUCCUUCUCCUUCUCCUUCUUUAUCCAUGGUGAGAGUUCCGUUUGCACAGCUGUAGAAAUUCAACGACAGCAAAGGAUACGCCAUCUUACACUUGAAGAUGUAGCAGUUGCUGCAACCCGACAAGAAGGACUUCCAGUGUUAUUAGGCCCUUAUGGACUGUCGGGUUUCCUGACUGGUCAAACCAGUCACUUGGACGAGAUGGUUUCAAGUAAACUUGUUGAAGAGUGGAAGAAGUUUUAUCCACUGGACUUCAGUUCUGACUGGAGCGAGUCAGCAAGUCAAUGUCACGACAAGGGUGUUCCUGCGGCAGUCUUGGUUGUUGUGGAAGAGACACAGAUGUGGUAUCCCUCCAUGUAUGUCGUGGUGCCUCACGAGGAGAGAGCUGAUGGGUCUGUGCUAACCAGAACUGAUACAGUGACCAGCACUGGUCCAACAUCACUAACCCCUCCAGCAUCUCCUCUUGAUCCCAACACUGCAGAUGUUGUUACAGGUCCUGCAAAUCGGCCACCGACACCUAAGACUACAUCUCCUGGUGUUGUUGACAAGAAGAAACUGACGCAUUCAUUGGUGCAAGAAGUUUGGCAGGAGAUCACAGUUACCAAACCUGCACCAAACAAAAGCUCCUCUCUGAACUCCAUUUCGAAAGCACCUUCACCAGUAGGACAGUGGGAUUUUGAGGAGCCGUUUAAGCGCACUUCAUGUUCUUGUACAUCAAGUAGUAACAUCAGCAGGCCUAAGGCCCCAACCCAAGUUCGGUCAUUUGGUAUUACACGGCCAAUCCCAUCGCCGAGUCAUCCUUUACCUUCAUCGCAACAGCAGCAGCAGCAAACUUCACAACAACAAAGCCAAAACAGUGCAAAGUUAAAGAAAGAAAAGAAGAAGCCACUGGCGCCAUUUCACCAUCGCCUGAGUAUUGAUAAAGACAGGCCUGAAGCAGUCAAAAGUCAUGUCGGAGCUAUGACAAAGGGCUUACCCACAGCGAACAUAUUGACUAGUGUUACUCAAAAGAGACAUGCGGAAGUUGCCUUCCCACACAAUGCUAAGAAGUAUUCUCUGCAGGGUCAAACAACAGCUUUGCAGAAUACAACAGGAAUGCAUGGACAAAACAGUCAUGUGAUCAGUGUUAAGUCGGAGCCUAAAGUUUUGCAGCCUUCUGCUUCACUACUGAGGGUCAACUCAUCAAUGAUGUUGUCACAGGCCUUAGUUACAAGUAAUGGACUCGCAGAGAUAUUGGUUAAAAGGGAACAAGAGGUUUCUGGAGAUGAUUUUGUUAGCAAGGAGUACAUUGACAAAAAAGAGGACACAGAACAAAAUUGUUACCUCUUGCCUGGAGAAGAUGACUUUAGUGUCCCUCCACUACCUGGCGAUCCUUUGGACUGCCGUCCUGUUGGUGAUCUAACAAUACCAAAGGAUGUUUUGACACCUCAGACUCCAUUAGAACCAACUUUGUGGGAAAGUGGCAAGAGACCUUCAACUGAUGGUGGUUUUGAGUGUGUUCCUUCACCUGCCAAAAGGAGACGAGAAUCUUCUACUAGUAGAUCCAGAUCAGACAGCACUGGAGGAGGUCGACUAAAGGGACGUAGGAAUAGCUCUCAGCCAUCACCAGUGACAACACCUCUUUCUGAUCCAUUCACACCUCAACCUGAGGAUCAAGAAAUAGAAAUGAUACAGCCACUCAUAAAAUCUCCAACCCAAGUGAAGGUUCCGUCAAACAAGCCUCCCCGGAGGAGAAGUAGUGCCACAGCUAGUGACAGUCCAUCAAUGCCUGUACCAGCAGAUGUUGGUAAACCUCCAUCGCGGGUAAAAAAUCGAAGAACUAGUUCCCGCAAGAAACCGCAAGAUGAAAAAGAGCAGCUAUCAAAAGGGGUUGAAGAAAUAAAGCCCAGUCCACAGAAGAGUGAGAAAAGAACAUUUCCCAGUUUUUCAUCUUCAGAUGAUGAACAUGACCCUAUCCCUCGGUCAUCAAAUCUUAUGACAGAACAGGACCUAGCAGUGACACUUAAUGACCUGGAUCAGUUGUUUGACACUGAUGAGGAGGAUGAUGAGUUAGGACAGUCCAAAUCCUUAAAGAUGGAUUUUGUGUCUCAUCAGGCUCCGCCUUUUGACUCAAUCACAAACAUUAAUCCUCAUCAUUCCAUGAUAAAUACAGGCGUGGUGGCACAACACGAUUUGCAGCGCAUGUUCCCCACGCCUCCGUCUCUGGAAACAGUGUCACACUCUCCACCCUGUUCUGUAGGCAAUGAUUACAUCAGUCCAGGAAGUGUUAAGACUAUAGUGCACAGUGCCAUGCUCUCUCCAGAGUCUCAUCAUCUGAUGCACUUCACAGGUGUUGACGUGGAACAGGAUAAACAGCACAGUCCAACGGAACUUGGAUCUGUGUUUGAGAUUCCUAAAUUCCAAGAGUUCCCUGUUUCCUACUCAUUUGAAGCUGUACUGGGUCUGCCAAGUUAUAAAGUCCUCCCCUCCGGGAUGCAGUACUCACCAUCCUGGCAGGUAUCCCCAAAGACAUGGACUUUAUCAGUCACCAAAGUGGAAAGUGCCCCUGAUAUGUUAAAUUGUGAUGUGGCCAUUGGCACUCCCUCACCGGCAGUGGGUUACACCUACACCCAUCCUGCAAGUGUUAAUAGCGAUGUCAAGCAUUUGACAUCUGCGGCAAUGUCUCCUGCCUCUCCAGCAUCAUCAGUGUCAUCGUUUUCUUUGCCAACGCAAUUUCCAAAGGCUUUUCAUGGAAGUAGCUUGGUUAUGAAACCUGUGUUUCAAACGACACUUCCAGAGGUGAAUUCAUUAUCAAAGGUUCUCACUUUAUCGGACUCGUCUGCAAACUACUUUAGUGACAAAAGUUAUGACAGUGUAAGUCUCUGUUCAUGUGCAGCAUCCUCUGAGGGUGUACCACUGAAGGGGACUUUAAGCAAAGGUAAAAGCUCUGAUUGGUGUGUUUGCGGAUUUGGUGCACUCGAAGGAAUUAAAUUCACUGCUGGCACAGGAUUGUUUCCUGAUGAUGUUUAUGCAACUUUGUCUGAACAUGUGAAACCACUUAAAAAGGAAGGUGUUCCUCAACCUGUUCUUGAAGUUAAAAAAGAGGGCUCAACAUUGCUCUGUGCAAAAAGACGUGGAUCAACUGCGAUCGUUUCGUCACAAGUGUCCUUUUCGUUGCUAGAAGAGAUUGUGAGUCAAUGUUCAUCACCUUUGUCAUGUGCCAACUUGAAGUAUCAGCUCAUGUUAAAAGCACAUCAUGGGAUUGUGAAGCAGGUGUCAGGAGCAUGGUCACAAAAUAAAGGUCCAGAGAAUGGCAUUUUGCAGAGCGUCCCUCAUCCAACUGCUGUUGACGCCCUCAACUACCUUCGUCAGCUAAUGCAGGAUGCCCUGCAAAAAUCAACAAGUCGAAAAACAUGGGAGCAGCCCAAUGGAACAGUGGUUCAAGGACCUUUGUCUUGGAGGCAACUCCACCAUCUGGCAACAAAAGGUAAUGAGGACACACCCCGUGCACAGCCCAUUCCUUCAGUUACAGUUGGAUAUGGAGGAGAUUGGAUGUCCCUUUCUCCUAUUGCCUUACAAUUCUGGGAGAAACUGUUGCUUGAACCUUACUCUUGUCAGAGAGAUGUGGCAUACAUUGUAGUGGCCCCAGAAAAUGAUUUAGUGCUGAACAGUGUGAAGUUGUUUUUCAAAGAGUUCAGUGCCGUUUACGAGACUUGUCGUCUUGGUCAACAUGUCGCCAUCACCAAGGUGCUAAGAGAUGGAAUACUACGCAUAGGGCAAAAGUCACUGAAGCUUGCAAAAGAACCGGUCGAUGAUUGGUUUACGCAGCAAGAUGCUUCUUCUGAUGGAGCAAAGCUCAAGCUGUAUGCCCAAGGUUUUAAACAUCAUUUAGGACCAUAUCUUGCAUCUCUAAAUCUAGACAGGCACCUGUUGGAUUGUGAAAAGGGAGACAAAUCAGAUGAGAAGUUACCAUCUAAGUUUGGGAUGGACAGUGAAAGAUCUGGCAUGGACACUGGAAACAAAACUGGUGGUAACAGUGCUGGGACUCCAAAUUCAGAGCAAGCUCCAUCAGCAUUUGGAGAAGAGGAAAGUGAGCAGAACAGUGAGGACCCACCCACAGUUGUAGUUUAUGUUGUGAACCCAUUCAGUAGCAAUUCAAGAGAGGAGAGUUUUCCUUCAUACUUGGGACUCUUGCGAUGCAUUGCGGACAUAAUACCAGACAUUUCAGAAAAUGGCAAAAAGAACAUCAUCUUUCAGGUUGUUCCAAUUCAACAGAUUCUUCAGGUUGACUUGCUCACUGGCAGUCGUGAUGCAGCAUUUUCAGUUGUGAAACAGCUCAAGUGCUUGGCUUUCUCUGUUUUUUCUCGAUGUCGUAAGAGCUUACAGCUGAAUAUCAAUGCUAAAUCCUUAACAGGAUUUGGACCAGCUGCAAGGCAUGAGGCUUUGCUUCGUCAGAGAGAGGUGGAGAAUGCCAAAGUCUACUCUGCACCAUAUGUCCUCUGCCAUCCAAUACCUUUGCCACCACCGGACUCUGCUGACGAAACUGGGUCAAAUUUGUUGGGGUUGACACAGAAUGCCUCUGUUUUAUACUGUGGCUAUUGUCUUUCUCAUGACGAUAGUUAUCUUCUUGCUGUUUGCACAGAUAGUGUGGGAGAACUCAUUGAAUCUUCUGUUAUAUCAAUUGAACCACGUCUUAGGCCUGAUGGAAGGCCACGCAAGACUGCUGCUCGCACAAAGGCCCUCAUCAAAUUAUGGGAAUUUUGCCAGGGUGUCAUUGCAACAUCACUUGUUCCUUGGAGACUGGUGAUUAGUAAACUGGGAAGGAUUGGGCCAGAGGAAUUGAAGGACUGGAAAGAAAUAUUGAGCAAGACGUCUGUAAUGGCAGGGGACCAGAUGUUUAAGGACAACUGCAAAGCUUGUUUUUCAAUGAAGCAGAAAAAUCGCCCGGCAAUCCUAGGAACCAGUCUCACAUCAUUGGAACCAGAACCAUCAAUCAAGCUGUACAUGGCAAGAGCUUUACCAAAGGUCAAUGCCUUAUUUGAGGGAAACAGCAACUCUCGCACCUCAGUUGGCUCAGUUCCAAAACCAGAUGUGUCUCGCACCUACAUUGCAGUGAUGCCAGUUGCUUCUCUAAAAUGUUCCAUUGGGAAAAAUUCCAACACAAAAUCGCAUGCUCCACCAGACACAACCACUGAGACAGUCGUAACAGACACAGAUAUUUUGUUGGCCGGUGUGGAUGAUGAUGAGAAUGACCAGGAUCCUUUGCGGCAUUUGUUUCCAUUAUUAAACACAUCUCCGCCCACUCUGUCACCGACUGGUAUGUUACCCCUGGAUUCUUCACCAAUGCGGGGAGCAUCACCUCUGUCACACCCAACAAAGUUGUCAGCAUCACCCGGAGCCUCACCAUUUCAACCAAUUUCUAGGCUUUCGCCGUUUCAGCCAUUACACUCCACUCCUUCCCCAUCAAUGGCAAAUGUGACAACUAUGGACUUUCAAGAGGAAGAAGGGGAAGAUAGUCUUUGUGUUCCUCAUGCUCAGGGAUACAUUAUUUCCACUGUGCAGACUGGUAAGAUGCCAGGAACAUUUUGGGCAAGUUCCUCUCACUCUGAAACAAGUGAUCCUGUUAUUCUCAAGGCUGCUCUUCAUAUUCAUAAUCCGGACUUGAUGGAAGGAAUUAAUGGUUUUGUCACAGCCUGGCAUGCUCUGGCCACAAAGUCACACUGUCAUGUUCUAAGGUCAAUACUUCAGACUUACGAUGCACUCUCAUGGCUGACUGUGGAUGCCGUUAACCGCGACAGACGUUCCUGUUUACCUGUCCAUUUGUAUAUGUUAUGCCAACUUCACGAUACUCUUUCUGUGCUGUUGGAAAACCAGUCUUCCCAAUAAGGUCACUGAGCCAAGCUCAUUACAUGUACAUCUGCAAGUGUACUUAUAUUUAGUUUUAUAGUCAGAUUUGAAUAGCAAAGUGUCAAAUUUCCAAAUCUCUCAAAGAGUGUUGCAAUAUGUGCUGUGUUUUUUUUCUCUUCAAAGGGGACAGGGCGGAAAUAGCAAUUACAUGUUUCAAGUUUCUAUAAAUAAUUUUAAUUUAAUAAUUUAAUGAAAUAGUAAAUUACACCAAAUGGACGGCAAUGUCUCACUAUUAUAAAUGCAUUUUAUUGGUUGACUAUAAAAUGUUCUCACCAAGUUAGUGUAGGAAAAAAAACUCCUCCAGAUAUGAAGAUGUAUAUUAAACAAAGUAUUAUUGCAAUUUUUCAUGUAGAAAAUUUUUCCUCUUAUUUAGUAACAUCAUUUCAUAUUAUUUGUCUCAAUCAUAAUUCAAGGAGCUUAAAGCUCAGCAAGGAAGAUGUUUGUGUGCACGAUAGCUUGGUACUUGUUUAAGGAUCACUGUCAUUGAUAAAAGGAAAGUCAUUCAAGUUUGACUGUUUGGAACAGUACUCGAAAAAUAUUCUGGAGUGAGGAAGGAGAAAAUAGAGACUAGUUUUACAUUAUGAACAACUUUAACUGGAAACUCAGCUGGGAGUUGAUGAGAGUUGUCAGCAUGCAGUGAAACAAGCAGAGGCUACACAAGAGUUGACAUCAUCUGCCUGUCAAAUGGCAGAAAUUUGUCAACUCUUUUGGCAAAUUCAAAAUUGACGAGCUCAGAGCACCCCUGGGCUCUUUGUUGACAUGUGAACAGUCUAUCAGAGUCAGUUAUGCUUUGCAAUGAUAGGAAGAGCUAACAUCUAAAGAUCAUGAGGAGAGUUUGAACUCUUAUCAACUUAUGUUCUUGUUCAAUUUUGGAUAAAGGAUGAAAUCCUCUUGUUUGGCUUAAGAGAGAAUUCCGCCAAGAAAUUGAGCAUUACCCUAAUUUUUACUAACUAUGCAAUGACAGUGCUCCUUAACUUUGCAGUUACUUAGGAUUCUAGAACAGAAAAAGUGAGAGCCUACUUGAAAAGGGAGAAUAGUCUGCUUAUUUAUAUCAAUGAGAUUUUACAGAAUAGUAGUCCAUUGUUCUGGUCAGCGUUGAUGCAUCAGCACAUGGUUCUUAUAAAUCAUGUCGCUUUGUUUUAACAUGAAGUAGGUAAGGGAAUUCUCUGAAUGCAUUUUACAUCAGAAUAAUUUUAUAUCACUUUGCAGAAUGUAUUAAGCAAUUGUCAAGGGUUGUAAAUCAUGAUUGAGCAUAAGAACAAAUAUUUAUCGCAGCAUUAGACAUCUCAGUAGUUUAUAGUACAAUAAUUACCUUUCCUUGCAACUUUCAACGUUAGCCCAGUUCACUUCAAGCUCUUGUUUUUCCUCUCUGUUUAAAAGGUAGUCGUUUAUUUUGUCCCAACGUAUAUAUUAUUGUAAGUAGUUUUCUUUAAGAAUUUUAAGAACACAAGUGUCGUGACUUCCACAGAAGGAUUUGCCAGAAGCGAAAAUUGGUUUGUUGAAAAACGUGAGGCAAGGCUGCAGAAAAGAAUGCCAGUAUGAUGUAAUGUACAGUUGUUACUUGAUUAAGUUUGGAUUGGACUUUUUGUCAUCUCUAGUUUGGUUUUCCUAGUCUAGAAGGCAGGAAAAUAACACAAUUUCUGCCUCUUUUAGGGUACUGACAGACUUAGAGAGUUAGUUGCCAGUAAUAAAAACUCAUUGCUAAAAAGCUGAUGGAUGAUGAAAAUUAUUGAUAAUAAAAAUUUGACAACAAAUUGGCCAUCAACAGUGGAAGAGUUUUUGUUUUCAAAAGGCUAACUACAAUUUUGUUGAGGGCAAUUAGUUCUCUUUAGUCUCCAGACAAUUUUUGACAACCUAGUGAUCACAGCAGCAGUUUUUAGUGCCAAAAUAUGCAUUCUAUUCAGUGAACGCUAGGGCUCUGCUGUGUGGAAAAGCUCUAUCAAGCCUUAACAGUUGUCAAUAAUUGUUCUACUCUACGACAACUAUCUCUUGACUAGUUUGUCAGGGCUCCUACUGAGGUAUUUGAAACACCAUCAGAGUAAUGUCAAAAAGUCAUCCAACACAAACAAAAAUGAAAUUGCAUUUUUAUGGCCCACCAUUCUGAAUUGUAAGUUGCACACAGUCAUUUAUUUAGCAAUGUAUUUAUGCAUGACUGUAUGUAGUAACUGUCAUUGACAUAUUUUAUUGUAUGAAAUGAGUGUAAAUUCCUGGUUGCAAGUUCUCUCUGCAGACCUUCACGAUCUUUCAUGUUUGGCACAUGUCACAUUUACGCGAAGCUUACAUUUCUUAUUUAUAAUGUUUAAUAAUAUUUUGGCUAAUUAUUUUUCUACCAUUCUUUGUUUGUUCUUGCAACUAGUAGUACAUUUAAUUAACUAUCAGAUUAUGAUUUCUAUUCACAAUGUGUUGUGUUAAAUCUAAUUAUUGUAUUUUACUGAACAUUCACUCACAGUAAUGACUUACCAGUAACUAUUUUAAUACAAGUGGUUUAGAAACACUUAUUCUUUAACAAAAAGGUAAAAUAAUAUAUUUCAAAUAGCCUCCUUAGAAAAUCAUGCCAGUGAAAAAGUGACUAUUGUUCAGUUUACAGUAUUCAGCCUCACUAAUUAAUUUAUGUAAUAUGAAAGGAUUUUUGCAACUUUAUAACUGGAUAUCUCACAUGAAAAUGUUUGUUUAUUAAGUUAUUUUUUUCUUUGUAGUAUGUUCUCCCACUCCCCUCCCCAAGGGUGAUUAACUUCCGACUUCUCUCUUCAUUUUUAUACCAAAUUCAAGCAGCAGUUGAGGAGAUUUGAGGAUAUGGU